AGCGUUCGCAGCUAUGGCGUCGUUAUUUUGGGGAGGCGACGCCGGGGCGGCGGAGAGCGAGCGGCUGAACAGCCAAUUUUCAAACCUCAUCCACCCCAGAAAGAACCUUCGGGUUAUUAAGAGCGCUGCAAUCCCAAACAUAGACGGUUUAAUUGAUAACGUGGAAGAAGACGACGAUGAUGAUGUAGUGGAUUUGGCAGCUAAUUCCCUCUUAAACAAGUUAAUUCGGCAGUCCUUAGUGGAAUCCAGUCAUAGAGUUGAAGUCUUACAGAAGGAUCCCAGCUCUCCACUCUAUUCAGUGAAAACAUUUGAAGAGUUGCGGCUAAAGGAAGAAUUACUAAAAGGGAUCUAUGCAAUGGGGUUUAACAGACCAUCCAAAAUCCAAGAGAUGGCUCUUCCAAUGAUGCUGGCACAUCCACCCCAGAACCUCAUAGCCCAGAGCCAAUCUGGAACAGGAAAAACAGCUGCCUUUGUCUUGGCAAUGCUAAGCAGAGUUAACACCUUGGAAUUGUUCCCACAGUGCCUCUGCCUGGCCCCUACAUAUGAACUGGCUCUGCAAACUGGUCGCGUGGUCGAACAGAUGGGAAAGUUCUGUGUGGACGUUCAAGUGAUGUAUGCCAUUCGAGGGAAUCGCAUUCCCAGAGGCACGGACAUCACCAAGCAGAUUGUAAUCGGCACUCCUGGAACUGUCCUAGAUUGGUGUUUCAAGCGAAAACUCAUCGAUUUGACUAAGAUCCGCGUGUUUGUACUGGAUGAAGCAGAUGUGAUGAUCGACACGCAGGGAUUCUCAGAUCAGAGCAUUCGUAUCCAGAGAGCAUUGCCCUCAGAAUGCCAGAUGCUCCUCUUCUCAGCAACCUUUGAGGACUCCGUGUGGCAGUUUGCAGAGCGGCUCAUUCCUGACCCUAACGUCAUCAAGUUGCGCAGAGAGGAGCUGACCCUGAACAACAUCCACCAGUACUAUGUGCUGUGCGAGAACAGGACAGACAAAUACCAGGCUCUGUGCAACAUCUACGGCGGCAUCACCAUCGGCCAGGCCAUCAUCUUCUGCCAGACUCGUCGAAAUGCCAAGUGGUUAACCGUGGAGAUGAUGCAGGAUGGACACCAGGUGUCUCUGUUAAGUGGGGAACUGACAGUGGAUCAGCGAGCCUCCAUCAUCCAGAGGUUUCGGGAUGGGAAAGAGAAAGUUCUCAUAACCACCAACGUCUGCGCGCGAGGGAUUGAUGUGAAACAGGUCACGGUCGUUGUGAACUUCGACCUCCCUGUCAACCAAGCGAAAGAGCCAGACUACGAGACCUACCUGCACCGCAUCGGGCGGACGGGGCGCUUUGGGAAGAAAGGCCUUGCCUUCAACAUGAUUGAAGUGGACAAGCUGCCCCUGCUUAGGAAGAUCCAGGACCACUUUAACAGCUGCAUUAAGCAACUUGACCCUGAAGACAUGGACGAAAUUGAAAAGAUUGAAUAUUGAAGAAAGAACUUUAUCAUUUUUGCAAUAUCCUAGUUUAUGUGAGAAUGUCCCAGUGGGUUUUGAAGCUAAUUUUUUAUGUUAGGUUGUUUUCAACCUGAAACUGUCACAUACAGGAAGAUAAAUGUUAUGGUCACCCUAUGCUUAAGACCUAAGAUCUUGAAACCAAAUUGAUGUGAUGCAUGUGAUCCUUUCGAAUAA